AAUGUUAGAGGUAUUAUACUAAAAACUAUGGAGUUAUUAGGAUAAAAUGAGUGAGAAUAUCAUAAGUUGGAUUAAUUAAGGAACUGCUUUUAUAGUAUAUAAUUAAGAUUUGUUGGAAAAAAAUGUUUUAUAAAAUUUUUUUAAACAUAGUAAUUAUUCUAGUUUUGUCAGGUAAGUAUUAAAACUAAAUCUAGAUAAUUAAAUCUCUAUAAUUUUAAGAAGGUUAAAUCUAAUGAAGGAUUCAUUUUUAAGCAUAAUUUUUUUCGAAAAGGAACUAAGUAUUGAGUCAAUAAUAAUUAAUAGAUAGAUGCUACGAUAUAUUAAAAAAAAAAAUCAAGAAGAUUAGCCUAUUCCAUCCGCUAUAUAAGAAGAACGAGGUAAAUGUGUAAUAAUCUUUAACUUUAGCAUUUCAUAUAUAAGAGGAAUAAAAUCUAUUUAAAGAGUGUGCUAUUGAUAUAAAAUAAACAAAUAAUAAAUUAAAGGAAGAUAUGAAGUUAUUACAAGAGACUUCUUCAUAUUUAAUAGAUUAAAUGUAAAAUUUAAAUUAUGUAAUAAAUGAUUACAUAUUCUAAGUAUAUUUAUAAUCAAAAUGUUGAUAUUGAACAAAAAUUUAAGUAAGUAGGAUAGAUGUUAUAAGCUAUUAAUGAAGAACUUAAAUCAGAAAGUAAAUUUUACAUUUUUAUUAUUUAGAAUAAAGUGAUUCACAUACUAUAAACUAGACUAUAGUGAGAAAGGAAGAGUUUUAUUAAGAUUCUAAGGUUGGAUCUCCUAAUCCAUAUGUUGAUUAUAAUAGUAUAGCUUUGAAUCCUUUGGAUUAUGAAUGCUUUAUUGACUCGUUCUUAUGAC